AUGGGAUAUUUUAUCCGAUCGAUCAGAACUUAUUUGUAUAACUUAGAGAUCGCUUUCAAUUGGCCAGUCAAUUGUCCACUCGAAGUAAUGGAAUUGGUUGGCCGAGAACGAUUCAAUGCGAAUAAUCCUAAAUAUAUGAUGCCAUUUUUUUGGAUGUCAGAACCGGUUCCAGCAACAAGAUCUUGGGGAAUAAUUGUUUGCGCUAUUGAAUGGAUGUUCGGUCUUAUAUGUUUAUUAUUUAACAUAUUACACUUCGGCAUAUAUUUACCAAAAUACAAAGGUAAUGGAAUACCGGGAACAGUAUUUUUUGUAACGCUUAUUCAAUUCAGUAUUUUUUAUGCUAAUAAAGUUUUAUUUAUUAUUGCGCUAAUCGAAAAACGGGUUCGCUUACUUAAGCAACAGUUAAUAUUCCAGUAUGCAACUAGUGUUAUACUACUUAUCAAUGUAUCAUUUACGGUGGCGGCAGAUGCUGGUGGCUAUGAUGAACAAAAUUUAUAUGCGUCUAAAAAUCCAAUUCUUAUACGAUUCGUCGCUUUUCUCUCAUUUAUUUUCAUUUUUGUUCAACUUUUCCUUCGUUGGAUGACUGUCUCUGUUUAUAGUUUCCUGCGUGACACUCGACGAUUCAUACAAGCUGUGGAAAAUUCAAUGCUAAGAUAUCGUAAGCGAGUAUUUUUCACAUAUUGUUCUAUAGUUUUUGAGAAUACGCAAAAUAUGAAAAAACCGGUAAGUUUUAUAUUUUGCUUUUUUUUUUGA